AUGUCUCAUUAUCAUCCUCAGUAUCCACCUCAGCCACAGGCUCAGGCUCAAGCCCUACAGUCACAUGGUGGUGCUCGUCAAGGUUCUGCUAGACCGCCUAAUAUAAAUACUGGUUAUUAUCCACCUCAGCCUGGAUAUGGCGGUCAACAGCAUCCACAUCCUUCUCAACCGCACCAGCAUCAGCAUCACCAGCCUCAACAACAGCCACAACCUGGCUACUCUGGUUCUGGAAAUGGAGCAUAUCCUCCAAUAAAAGGCAGUGGUGCGACUGGGGCUGUUGGAAUGGGCGGUGGAGGUGCAUAUCCCACUAAUCCUCCACUCAAGAGCCCGACUGAAGUCCCAUUAAAAAGUCCAAUUGGUGGAUUUCCAGGGAGACCCAGCGGGUCUCCUCAUAGCCAGGGUCAUGCCAGUCAGGGCUAUAGGCAACCAGCACCUGCUAAUAGUCACGGCCAGACAUCUAACUCACACUGGAGACCACCACAGCCUGGCUAUGGGGCUUCACCUCAAGGAUAUCCACAGAAUGGGCAAUAUGGUCAACAGGGUUAUCCAACCUCGCAGGGGUCGAGAAAUCAAAUACCUCAUGCUUCCAGUAGCCAGCAGCUGGAGUUUCCGCCUCCUCGAAGACCACAAAUACAAAAGUCACAUUCUUCGCACGGUCUUGGCACUCAUGCCUCGUCUUCUCAACCACAAGGUUAUCCUCAAGCUCAACAGGGUUAUCAGUACCAACAAGCGCCAAAAUCACAGGCUCCGACCAGUCAGCCAUACCCGGGUCAACAACCUCGACAAGGGCAUCAAUCGCCUCAAAGACAGGGACAACCACAGGGACAUUCGCAAGGUCAUCCACAGAGUCAUCCACAGUAUGACCAACAACCUGCACCACAACAGGACUAUCAGAAUGGUCAAUACCAGCAGACUCAGUAUGAGAAGGGCUACUCUCAGCCACCACAGGGUCAAUAUAGUCAGUACCCACAAGGUCAAUCACAACCAGCUCCAGCCCAAUAUAAUCAGCAACCUCAUGCUGCUCCUCCUCCACAAACCCAGCAGCAACGUCCUAAUAGCGGAUCAAGACAACCAACUUCAGCGUCUAAUGGGUACCGUGGAGAGCCAAAUAUGAUCCCUGGAUCAAUGGGACCGGGACCUGGUCCAUAUGGCCGGUCUCAGACAUCCAAUCCCAGUGGUGGAAGAUACUCGGCAUCACAACCGGAGUUAUCAGAUCGUCGUAUGAAUCCACCAGUUGCAGCCAAUCCUCACUACUCACCAGACACUAGCCACAGUAGUUUGGUUUCGCCUCAAAGAUCAGCUUCCCCAGCUGGUGGUUAUGCCAGACCCGGUCCACAACCUAGACAUAGAUCAGCUGGUGGUCCUAGUGGACAUCCCAAUGGACCUGGAGUUGGUAGUUCAGGUGUGCAUGAUGGACCAGGAGGAAGGUCAUACUCCACUCCAGCUGUACACAGCCCAUAUAACCAGGGUUAUAAUGACUACCCAUCGGAAAGCUACCAGAACGAGGCUUAUCCAGUUGAAGCUACAAACAUCCAACGAAAUCAGGUUGAAUACUCUCAACCACCAGUGGAUGAAAGAUCUCUGAAAAGCCCUACCAGCCCUACUUUCUACCAGGCUCCUGGUAAUAAAGCUGCUAACAUCUCAACCAACAAGAUCCCUCCUGCCUCAACAAUAGGAAUCUCACCUAUCUCACCUUUGGCAGCUGAAUAUCGAAAAGAACUGCCAGAGUCGCCUAUCCAACUCUAUGAUGAUGGUGACAUGUAUUCAUCUAUCCACACACCACCACCUCCUAGUGAUAACGACCCAUCCAGUCCAUUCGCUGCUAGAGCUAUAGCUGAUACUGAUACCAGUUCACCAGCGGAAACUGCUGAUGUUCUUAAUAUGUAUCUUGAGGACGAAAAUAGCUAUCUGCCGGGAAAUUCUCAGGAUCCUGCUAGGUCUCAGGCACGAGGAUACCAAGGAUCGGAUCAAAGUGUUCCUCCAAUGGUACCUCCUCACCAAACACCAGUCACCAGGCAACCUAAACAACCACAAGGACAGUCUCAAAGAAACAUGAACGGAGUAAACAGUAAUGUACGACCACCACCUGUAACAGUAGCCUCCCAGCACUCUACACAACGAGCAGUAACAGAUGCUGGAGCUCAUCAACACCAGUACAGCAGCUCAUCCCAUCAUUCCUCUGGUUCUUCAACUGGUCAAGCCGAGUCGUCCAAACCACCACCAGUAAGACAAUAUGGCACUCAGCCAGCAGUGGACCCACUGAAUGAAGUUCCUCCAAACGCCAAACCCAAGGUCCUGACUGUAGAAGAGUUUGAAAGGAUCCGGAAACUGGCCAAACUGCAUAAUAACGAUCCAGCUCUUCAACUCGAAUUUGCCAAGAAAUUGGUAGAAGCCAGUCAAAAGCUGACUCGUGAGUAUUCCGACUCCAACACUGUUGCCAAACCAAAUACCCGAGUCGACUCCAAGACCGAGAGACGUAAUCGUGAAAACUGGAUGAACCAAGCUUACAAAAUAGUCAAAAAACUCAGUGGUAAUCCAUAUGCUGAUGCUGUUUUCUACCUAGCUUCUAAUUACAGUUCAGGAGGACUUGGUCUGGAAACAGAUCAUGAAAAGGCAUAUGAACUGUAUAUGAAAGCAGCCAAACUAGAACAAGCUGAAGCAGCCUACCGAGUGGCCGUUUGUAACGAAAUCGGAGCAGGAACCAAGCGUGAUCCCGUCAAGGCUGUUAUGUGGUAUAAGAAAGCAGCUCAAAUGGGCGAUGUGUCUGCUAUGUAUAAACUAGGAAUGAUCAGUCUGAAUGGGCUUCUUGGUCAGUCUAAAAGUCUUAUGGAAGCAGUCACCUGGCUUCAGCGAGCAGCAGAUAAAGCCGAUGCCGAAAACCCACAUGCGGUUCAUGAGCUAGGAUUAUUAUAUGAACGAGCCGAUUCAUACAUCAACGAUUCGAUGAACGAUCUCGGUACUUCUACAAUGCUACUCAAAGAUGACCACAAAGCCUUUGAGCUGUUUGUGAAAGCUGCUAAACUAGGGUACCCACCGUCACAAUUCCGACUGGGCUGUUGUUACGAAUACGGAACGCUAGGAUGUCCUAUCGAUCCCAAACGAAGUAUUGCCUGGUACAGUCGAGCUGCUGAGAAGGGUGAACCUGAAAGCGAGCUGGCUCUUUCCGGCUGGUACCUGACAGGAUCCGAGGGCAUUCUCCAACAAUCGGACACCGAAGCGUACCUCUGGGCACGAAAAGCCGCAGAAAAGGGUCUUGCCAAAGCCGAGUACGCACUCGGAUACUUCUCGGAAGUGGGAAUCGGAGUCAAAGUCGACCGCGACGAGGCCAAGAAAUGGUACUACAAAGCAGCCGCUCAAAAACACCCAAAAGCGCUCAGCAAAAUCCAGGAACUUCGUUAA